UUUUGUGUGUGCAGCAUCGACGUCGUUUUUUGGCUCAUCUUUGCGCUUGUGCCGACGAAUAAGUUUGGUUUAUAGUGUUCAAUUUUGCAAAAUUAAAGUGUUUAAUUGUUGUUUUUGGAGUCCCGUCCCCCUCUCCCCACCCACAAACCGCAGACAAAUGAAGAUAGAAGCAGAGAGCGUGAGACAGAGGACAGAGUAAUUGGAAAUUAUUGCGUUUUGCUUUUUGGCAAAGUGAAAAAUUGAAUUAAAACUAAGGGACAGAAGGGAGAAAGGAGAAAACGCAAAAAUGAAAUGAUUGGCGGUACGCCUAUGGAGCUGGGGAACUGGAGAUAAUCCAUUGGAAAGGAAACAACAGGAACGGAAAGUUUUGCAGCAUAUCAAUCGUCGUAUAUCUCUCCAUCAAAGUAAAGGGCUCUUCAAUAUCUCCAGAUCAUUAUGGAAUGGAACCAGCGCCAUACGAUGGCCGAGUGUGCCAUGGAUGCCUUCUGCAAUGGCCAGUAUUACGAGUCCUUAUGUUUCGCGUCCGGACUGGCCCACAUUCAGGGAAAAAUGAGCCGCCACGAGCGCCAGCUGAUGGGCGAUAUCUUUUUGGGUAUCAUCAACAGAAUCAUUCUCGAUGUGGACGCACUAAAGGCGCAAUUAGCCACUAAGGUCCAGGCCCUAUUGCAGCUAAUCGAGCCAACUGAGGAGCAAAAAAUGGAUGUGCAGGCCGACAGUGACGCAAUCAAAAACCUGUUGUGGCACCUAACGACCUACGUCCAUGAAAUGGCGGAUAUCAUACGAAAGGCCCAAAGAUCCUAUCACGUGGAUGAUCACGAGCCGAAUAUAUAUUUUCUGCGCUUGCUGGGCGAGUGCCUGGGUAUCAUGGGCCACAUGGUGAACACCGAUGAUGGUCUGGUCAAUAUAGCGGCCUCCACGGCCUUUGCCUUUGGGGUGGUGUACGGCUUCAAUGUGCCGCCCACCGAUCCCACCAACCUGGAGAAUAUCAUCUCCUAUUGCAUAUUUUCGGUACGCAAUAUGCGGAACAUCGAUGUGGCCAUUGAGCUGGCCAUUUAUGGCCUGACCAGCUGCACAGAGCAGUUGAUUCUUCGGUCCAGCAACCCGCAGGCCACCAGGCUCCGUCUCCAGAUACUCGAGAGUUGUCUGGAGGUCUGGAUUGCCAUCAGGGACAUAGACCCAGCAGUGGCGGUGCUGAUAGAUGCCAACAGCGACGCCGACGGCGACAUAGAACUUUUCUGCCUGUCCGCCUGCCGCCCGCCUGCUCUGCUUCCACAACCGUGUGGGUUCUACUGUUCCCUAUUGUUGUUUUUGCUGGCUGCCGGCUACGACUACGACGCUGCUUCUAUUGGGGCCGAGCAACCAAUCCGCUGGCGGAUGACGUGA